AUGGUCCGCGCCUGCGAUGAGCUCGGCGACACUUGGGGCUACAAGCUGUUCGGCACCCGGACUAUUAUCACACGUGAUCCCCGGAACAUCCAGGCAAUGCUGGCGACGCAGUUUGACGAUUACAAGCUGGCGACGGAUCGCGAUGCUAUGCAUCAGCUUUUGGGCACCAAGGGAAUCUUCACACAGAACGGUCAAGGCUGGAAGAACAGCCGUGCUCUGCUCCGCCCCAACUUCGACAGAGCGCAAGUGGCGGAACUCGAUAGGCUCGAGCUCUUCUUCGAGCAGAUGCACCGGAGGAUUGAGGCCGUGGCCGGAGAGAAUCGAUGCGUCGAGAUGCAGGAGCUGUACAAGAAGCUCACAAUGGAUUCCUCUUCGGAUUUUCUGGUCGGCAGUCCCGUCGGCUCGCUUUUCCCCGAUGCGGACGAUAAGGGUGGGGUGUCGUCGCAGACGUUCUCCGAGGCUUUCGAUGUAGCUGAGGUCACCAUUGCGACACGAUGGGCGCUCAGUAACCUCUACUGGCUCUAUAGCCCUAAGCGAUUCAGGGUUGCGUGUGCGGCUGUUCGUGGAAUGAUCCGAGGUUAUGUGGUCGAGUCGCUUCAGGUGCGAGCCGAAAAGAAGAAGGGACAGAAUCGCUACGUGUUCUUGGAUGCCCUGGCCGACACUACUCAGGAGCCACAGGUUCUUCAGGAUCAGGUGCUCAGCGUCUUGCUCGCCGGCCGCGAUACCACAUCCGCGUUGCUAUCUUGGACUACGCUCUGCCUCUCGAGACACCCAGCGGUGCAGAACAAGCUGCGUGCGGCGAUCGCAGCCACUGUUGGAGUUGGGGCUUCCGCAAAGAUCCCCACCCAAGAAGAGCUGAGAAGUAUCACUUAUCUCAAGUGGGUUCUGAACGAAGUCCUCCGUUGUUAUCCGCCACUGCACGCAAACACCCGCUGCGCUCGAGUCCCCACCACCCUGCCGUACGGCGGAGGCCUCGACGGCAACAGUCCCAUCUCGCUCAUGCCCAACGAGAAAGUCGUGUACUCCUCCUUCUGUUUGCAGCGUCGCAAGGACCUCUACGGCGAAGAUGCGGAUGAGUUUAGACCCGAGCGGUGGGGAGAAGAAAAGAUACGGAAAAUUGGAUGGGCUUAUAUUCCGUUCAAUGGAGGUCCUCGCACCUGUCUUGGCCAGCAAUUGGCUUUGACCCACGCUUCUUACUUCCUCACGAGGCUACUGCAGACGUACGACGUGCUCGAAGAGGACCCGGAGUUUGAGGGCCUAGACAUCAAGUACGACAGCAAGAUCAAUAUGUCUUCCGGGCGUGGUGUCCACGUGAAGCUCGCGUAG